UUGCAUUUUUUUUGCAAAAAAAAAAAAACUCAGCUGCUGGCCGAGCAAAAUGUGAAUGACAAAACAGUGCAAAGUGUGAAGCAGUCCAAAUCAGACCAAACCAACGAACGCGACGCGAAAUGUUCAAAAUGUUCCAAGCGCGAGGCACCACGGCCGCCCAGUGAUUGCGACGCGAUUGAUCCCUUGGAUGCGAUCUGGCAGUCUGACAGUCUGGCAAGCAAACCGCAGAGCAACCGCAGCAAAUGCCAUCGUGAAUAGCAACGCCCACCCACCCAGCGCGACUCACACACAGGCACACGAACGGGGACUUGGACUUGGAUUCGGAUUCGGAGUCACCGCACACACGCACACGCACACGAACGGCCUGGGGAGCACCCCACCCAAACACCCAAGCACCCCUACUCGCACACACACACACCCGCAGAGAUGGCACACCUACCGCUGCCGCUUUAUGGCUUCGCGGCAUUCUUCAUGGUCUUCUGGUUCGGCACCUGGAUGGUCCAUGUGAUAGCCAUCUGCUAUGGCCGCUACAAGCUGCACAAGAAGUCCUGCAAGCUGCCCACGGAGGCCCAGCCCCUGCCGGGCGUCUCCAUCCUCAAGCCCCUCAUGGGCGUCGAUCCCAACCUGCAGCACAACCUGGAGACCUUCUUCGCCAUGGACUACCCGCUCUACGAGCUGCUCUUCUGCGUCGAGGACAAGGAGGACCCGGCCAUCCAGCUGGUGGAGCGACUGCUGGCCAAGUAUCCGCUGGUGGACGCCACCCUCUUCGUCGGCGGCUCCGAUGUGGGCGUCAACCCGAAGAUCAAUAACAUUCAUCCGGGCUACAUGGCCGCCAAGUACGACUUUGUCAUGAUCUCGGACAGCGGCAUCAAGAUGAAGGACGACACGCUGCUGGACAUGGUGCAGAACAUGUCGGAGAAGCACGCUCUGGUGCACCAGAUGCCCUUCACCAGCGACCGGGACGGGUUUGCGGCCACCUUCGAGAAGGUCUUCUUCGGCACGGUGCAGAGCAGGAUCUACCUGUCCGCGGACGUGCUGGGCAUCAACUGCCACACGGGCAUGUCGUGUCUGUUGCGCAAGGCGGUCAUCGACCAGCUGGGCGGCCUGAGGGCCUUUGGCUGCUACCUGGCCGAGGACUUCUUCAUUGCCCGCAGCGUGACGCGGCUGGGCUGGAAGAUGCGCAUUUCCAACCAGCCAGCGCUGCAGAACAGCGGCCUCUGCGACAUCGGCAGCUUCCAGGCGCGGCUCAUCCGCUGGGCCAAGCUGCGCGUGGCCAUGGUGCCCACCACCAUUCUGCUGGAGCCGCUCUCCGAGUGCAUGAUCCUCGGCGCCAUAGCCGCCUGGUCAGCCUCGGUGCUGUUCAGCUGGGACCCGCUGGUGUUCUAUCUGGUGCACGUGCUCUGCUGGUUUCUGUCCGAUUGGCUGCUGCUCUCCAUCGUCCAGCACGGCUCGAUGCCGUUCCACAAGUUCGAGUUCGUCGUCGGCUGGCUGUUCAGAGAGCUAACUGGACCCUAUCUGUUCCUGCACGCCCUCUGGAAUCCGGCGAUCCGUUGGCGCGCCCGCACCUACAAGCUCCACUGGGGCGGAGUGGCCUACGAGCUGAACAACCCCGCCUCCGAUGCUGCCAACGCCCCACUGGCGCCCCAGCCCGCACCCACGUUAGAGCCCGCGGUGGCCACCACCGCCGGCGGAUCCACGGGGGACACGCUGAUCUGCACGGGAGCCAAGCAGCGAUUGCUGGUGUCGUAGCACCUACUAAUUAAGUUUGUUAUUUUGUACUUGUGAGCAACCAACUCAGCGUCUAGCGUCUGGUAGUAGUAUUAUUAGCUGAACCUAAGUCACUACGUAAGUCUAGACUUAAAGCUGUAAGGAAGGCGCUCCUCCUGGACGCGGCAGGACAUUCAGGCGGACCUAGAUUAGUUUAGAGACACUGAUUAGACGACGAGCGCAUCGCUGCGAUCGCUCGCCAGAGAUUUAGACGUUAGCUGUAGGCGAUGGAGCAGAUCGACCCGGGCGCAGUUUGGUGGCUUCGCGAGAACUGGUUAAUGAAGCUUUGUGUGUAUAUAUUGCGAUCGUAUGUUUUGUAGCCAGCCUGUACAGACGUAAGCCCUAGUUAGCAUUAUGAUUGCGUUAGCUCUCCCCCGCUUCUGUUGUUGCUUUAUUGAAUUGUAAUUAUUUAUUUGGCCAAGCACCCUAGUUGUAUUGUUAUAGCCUUAAGCCUAAACUUAUGAUUACUUUUAGUUGUUUCUGUUUUUCUGUUUGCCCCAGCUUCUGUACAUAAGCGCCGAAGGGAAUGCCAUUGAAUAAAUCGAAUCGAGUCGAAACGAAGCGAUCGAGAGAAUGAAAACCCAUUAGGUUCUGAUUGAUGUUUAUUUUCGGUAUCGUUUUUCAUAGAUCGCUUCUGCUUAUCAGUUAUAGAGGGCUGAGUCAGCGGGGGUUUUGACCAAAUAGGUGGGAAAUGUUUGCGUGAGUCACAACGCUCGCUUUCAGCGCAAUUAUGAUGGCACUUUGACUCGACUUUGUCCGCCGUUAAUGGGGGUUUAGAAGUGGUCUGUGCGAGUUAUGUAUGUGGGAGGUGAUGGGUCAGGCUGGCGCACAAUAGAUGCUGUGGGCUAUUUGUAGAACCUCCCAGUCACAUGAUCGAAGGGGAUUGCUCUGGCGGCACAUUCUUUCGAUUGCCUGCCACGCAGCCCCUUAUCUUAUUGAACUUAAGCCAUGACAACAGCGCGACACAAACAUAUUUAUGAAUUAAGCGACUGCCGAUAGGAGAACAGAACAGGCAUAUCAGCGGCAAAGAGUGGAUGUAGUGUAGUUGGACCCUCGAUGCAGGUCCGGAACAAAAAACAAGCCAAGGCCAACGCCUCUGGCUUUUGCAUUAAGUAAUAACAAUUAGGAACUCGGGAUAGAUACAUUUGGUGGGCACACACCAUAAACGACUGCGGAUAUUUCUUUUUGCCCUGCCUAAAAUGGGGGCAAAUGCAAUUAAAACGGAAUGACGUACUUUUGGCGGUGGGGAGUGCUAAAAAUUCCGAAAGCGGCCAUAUCUCGGCCGGAGAAUUAUGUAAAUUAAUCAAUCGUUAUCAGCACCCGGGGCACGGCGAUCCAUUCGAAUUUUCAGUUAACCGAUUAGAUAAUAUUUGUGGGUACUGCUAAAACCCUUCGACUAGAAUUGUUGCUUCGUUUGCCAAGCUAAAUCGAACUACGAGAAAAUAACCUUUAGCUAAGUAUGUAUUUUUAAAUAAAUUCGUAACCUAAGCCUAGAGCUAGUCAAACGUAAUUAUAUUUACCGAAUAAACCGAAAAUCAAGACCAAAA